GUUGAAAAAAACGUUUCUUCGGGCGUUUCAAUUACGAAAAUGUUCACCAAAAUUUUAUUUUUGGUCGUUUUAGGAUGUGCCGUUGUUUUGGCUCGUCCAGAUCCCAAAUUAGAUCUUGAUGAAUCUGAGGUUCAGCAAGCUCCAAGUUUGCGUGAAAGAAUCAGCCAUUGGUGGACUAGUGUUAAAACUAAAGCUAAAAAUGCCAUUGAAAAAGUCAAAACUGGAACCGUUAAAUUAUAUGACAGAUUAAGCGGUAGAGAAGCCUCUCGAGCACAAGCACUUAUAGCUCAUCUUCAAGAUAAUUUGAAGAAAUUAGAUGAGAGUUACAGGCAAAAAUUGGAAGCAAAGGCUGAAGAAAUUGACGCGAUAAGGGAGUCUCUAAGGAGAGAAAAGGACGACCAAAUUUCUAGUUUGAAAAAUGAUCAUUUGCGGGAAUUAACUCUUAAACAAAGUGAACUAGACACCAUUCGAAGAGAAGGGCAAAGACGAAUUGAAGAAGUUAAGAAAGACUACGAAGGAAUGUACCACGAAUUAACCCAAAUUGUAAAAGCCCGUCACGAAAAGAUUUCAAAGAAAAAGUACUUUAAAAAGUAAAA